AUGUCUUCUGAGCCGUUAUACCCUGCAUAUCUCCCCACUCGAUCCGAUGGAUAUGUCGCACCCGAAGCGGUACCCUUGUUCGAGGCGGAGGAGCCCGGAAGCCGUGCAGACCCGUCGAAGCCAUCGCUUCUGAAGGCUGGGGCAACCGUGACGAACAUCACCCCAAGGAUUGGUACUGAAAUCCGGGGGAUACAAAUCAGUAAGCUGGGCGAGACUGGACUGGAUGAACUUGCUCUUCUGGCUGCCGAGAGAGGUGUUGUUGUUUUUAGGGACCAAGAUUUUGCGGACGUUGGAUUUGAAAAGCAACUCGACAUUGUCAAGCACUAUGGCCCGCUUCAUCGCCACCCUACCAUGGGCUAUCCUAAAGGCACUGGACCCGAGUUUCAUGUGGUUUAUGCCGACGAGAAGUCCGGGAAUCUGAGAACCCUCCUUGGACCAAGGACGACGUAUGACCUCUGGCACAUUGACCAAACUUUCACACCCAAUGUUCCAUCAACAACGUUCUUCUGGGUUCUUGAAACCCCCAAGUCGGGUGGCGGCGAUACUGCAUUCACUUCACUUACUGCGGCCUAUGAAGCGCUAUCACCGGCCUUUAGAGAGACACUAUCGUCGUUGAGUCUUUUACACACAUCCGCCUCAGAAGGAGAGGUCAGACGAGUUGGGACGGAGCGCGCCUUGAAAGAAGCCAUCAACGCUUCCCACCCACUUGUAAUCAGACAUCCUGUUACCGGAAAGCCAGCGCUCUUUGUUAAUCCGACCAUUGCCCGUCAAGUUGAAGGGUUCCUACCAGAAGAAUCGCAGCAUCUCCUGUCGUUCCUCCACAAUCACAUCAGAAGUAUGGACUUCAGCUGCCGUGUGAAGUGGGAGGAGGGAACGGUGGUGGUCUGGGAUCAGCGAUCUUGUGGACACUCGGCCGUUCCUGACUUCCAGGAUAAUGAAAGAAGACACAUGGUGAGGGUGAUUCCUUAUGGGUCACAGCCCGAGCGUUUCUCAUCGUAG